UUGUCAAUUAGGGCCAACUAAGAUUAUCGAUGAGCAUUGCCCAGUCUUCCUGUACAAAAUAUAUAAGCAUGCUAAGCCUCAAUUUAGUUGGGUCGUUGACAUAGAACCAACUCAUCUCUUCCUUGCUUUCAAGCCAUGGCUUCCGAGGAUGAUCUCUGUAGAGAUUAUCUGCUGUUGAAACCAGAAGAAGCUAGCUUCUUGGAUCUGGUUCGCGUUCUGUGUUGUUCUGAAUGGGAGAAAAGAGGAUUUAUAGAGUGUACGGAAGAGAAGGAGCUGAUGAGAGAGCGCCGAUGGAUCAUAUUCAUCUCCCUCCUUGUGCAGAAAAUGCUCCUUUACCUGAGAAAGCCUAUGGCUAUCACUGGGUCUGUAGUGGAGCUGUGGCUGAAUCUUCUCUCAAGCAAUGGCGGCUUUCUGGCCCUCCUGUUAAAUCUCUUGAAAGGGAAGAUGGCGCUGCCAGAUAAAUCGUCAGCAGAAUUCACAUCAGUGUUGGGAAAUCUUGACACUAGAGUGGACUUAGACAGGAGCAUAAAAAACGAUGACCGCAGAUAUAGCCUCUCAUUGUCUAUAAUGGCUGCUAAAUUAUCAUACGAGAAUGAAGAUUUCGUCCAAUCUGUUGUCAGAGAUCACUGGAAGAUGGAAUUCUUGACGUUUUACAAUUUCUGGAACGAAUAUCAAAAGAAAUUCUCAACGCAAGCCUUCAUGUUCCGUGAUACAAGUAGUGAUCCUGCCCUCAUCGUAGUGGCGUUCAGAGGCACCGAGCCAUUUGACGCGGAUGCGUGGAGGACAGAUUUUGACAUCUCAUGGUACAAGCUACCCAAUGUGGGUAAGAUCCAUGGUGGAUUCAUGAAAGCUCUCGGCCAGCAAAAGCGCAUAGGGUGGCCUAAGGAGAUUGAACAAGGCAAUGACAGUUCAUUAUUGGCUUACUAUACCAUUAGACAACAGCUGAGAGAGAUUCUGCACAAGGAUGAAAAAGCAAAGUUUAUAGUGACGGGACACAGCUUGGGCGGGGCACUAGUAAUCCUGUUUGUGGCUAUUCUAGCGUAUCAUGAGGAGUCCUGGUUGAUGGAGAAGUUGGAAGGGGUCUACACUUUUGGGCAGCCAAGGGUGGGGGAUGAGCAGUUUGGGAAGUUCAUGGAGGAGAAGUUUAGAACGCAUAAUGUGAGAUAUUUGAGAUGCGUUUACUGCAACGAUAUGGUGGUUAGGUUGCCUUAUGAUGACAGAAUCCUCUUGUUUAAGCACUUUGGGACCUGCCUCUACUUCAAUAGCUGCUACAGUGGGGAGGUGGUACGGGAGGAACCAAACAAGAAUUACUUCUCCGUGGUGUGGGCCAUUCCCAAGAUCUUAAAUGCAGUUUGGGAGCUGAUUAGAAGUUUUAUCAUCCCAUACAUCAAGGGUCCGGACUACAGAGAAGGGUGGUUUCAGAGAUUGUUAAGGGUAGUUGGGUUGGUAAUUCCUGGAUUGUCAGAUCAUGGCCCUCAAGAUUAUGUAAAUGCCACCAGAUUGGGAUCCUUGCCUUUAACUCCACAACUCUAAGACCCAACUCAACAACUUCUUAAACUUGAAUCACAUACAAGAUUCGGUUCCGCUGCA